UCGGUUUUUAGUCUUGCCCCGAAUUCUUCUAGUCAAAUCCCUAAUCUCUUUCCGAAACCAAUUUCGCCAAAACAAUCAUCAAUGAGCAGCUCAAUCAAUCUAAUCUUCAAUAACCCAAUUUCCCCCUCCACCCAUUUACAGCGCCGCCGCCACCACCCAUUUCGGUAUCUCAAAAAUGCCCAUUUUCCCACCCCACUUGGAUGCCUGAAUGUCGACGUUUCCGCCCCUGAGGAGGCGGCGGCCUCAUCAAAGGUGAUCCAGAAGGGAAAUGUUGCUGCGGGUAAGACGAAGGAGAUAAUCGAUGACGAGAAAAGGGUUUUGGUGGGGACUUAUGCUAGGGUCCCGAUUGUGCUGUCCCAUGGCAAAGGUUGUAAACUGUAUGAUGUUGAGGGUAAGGAGUAUUUGGAUUUGAUGUCCGGUAUUGCCGUGAAUGCACUUGGCCAUGGUGAUCCUGAUUGGCAGCGGGCGAUUGUGGAGCAAGCUGACACACUCACCCAUGUCAGCAACAUAUACUACUCUGUUCCUCAGGUGGAGCUUGCAAAGCGUCUAGUUGAUCGGUCUUUUGCUGAUCGUGUUUUCUUUACGAACUCCGGAACGGAAGCCAAUGAAGCUGCAAUCAAAUUUGCUCGGAAAUUCCAGAGAUCUUCUCACCCUGGUGAAAACGAGCCACCUAUGGAGUUCAUUGCCUUCAGUAACUGCUUCCAUGGAAGAACCAUGGGAGCUCUUGCUUUGACAAGCAAGGAACAUUACAGAUUACCAUUUGAACCUGUGAUGCCUGGAGUCAAUUUCUUAGAAUAUGGUGAUAUUCAAGCAGCGGUGGAUCUUAUUCACAGUGGUAGGAUCGCGGCAGUGUUUGUGGAGCCUAUCCAGGGCGAAGGGGGUAUAUACAGUGCAACAAAGGAAUUCUUACAAGCAUUGCGUACAGCCUGUGACACUGCUGGGUCGCUUCUUGUGUUUGACGAGGUUCAAUGUGGCUUAGGUAGGGCUGGUUAUCUCUGGGCACAUGAACGUUAUGAUGUAUAUCCAGAUAUAAUGACUCUUGCAAAGCCUCUUGCUGGUGGUCUACCGAUUGGCGCUGUCCUAGUAUCUGAAAGGGUAGCUAGCGCCAUAGAGUUUGGAGACCAUGGUAGCACUUUUGCUGGUAGCCCACUUGUCUGUAGUGCUGCAACUGUUGUAUUGGAUAAGAUCUCGGAGGCUAGUUUCCUUGCCAGUGUAACAAAGAAAGGCCAGUAUUUUAAAGAACUGUUGACCAAGAACUUAGGGAAAAACCCACAUGUGAAAGAAAUUAGGGGCUUGGGGCUCAUCAUCGGCAUGGAGCUGGAUGUCUCUGCUUCACCACUUGUUGAUGCAUGUCGACAAUCUGGUCUGCUUGUCCUGACCGCAGGGAAAGGAAAUGUUGUUAGGCUUGUGCCUCCCUUGAUUAUUUCAGAGCAAGAAUUGGAAAUUGCUGCUGACAUUUUACUCGAUUGUAUUAAAGUGCUCGAUGAGUAAUAGCUAGAAACAUAAUAUGUCUAUUUCUAUGCUGAUUUUGGUCUAUCUUUAUGGCUGUGUAGUGUAUCAAGAGUUAUUAGUGUUUUAAACAUAUCAGAAUGGUCUUUCUGGUUUAAAUGUUCCUGUGAGUAUAAUCUAUAUUGCCAUGAUUAGAUUCCCUAGAUCAUAUUCUUUGACAAAGCUAGGAAUUUGUACUAUCUACAUGAUGUCAUCCCUCCCUUCUGUAAAGUGUCUUGUAAUCUGGAUCACCAUUAAUGGAAUAUACCUCGAGGAAAGCUCUGUUAGAAUUACAUUUGUUGUGGACCGGCCGGAAGGGAACCCAAUCGGGAGCUAGCUUGAACAACAUAUCAUUGGUGAACCCGUGGAUUGAUGUAUUAACAGCGUAUUAUCACAGUAUUGGUGGUGUUUACGGGAACAAUUUCCCGACAAAUCAACCGUUGGUGUUCAAUUUCAUAGCCGAUUGCUUCUUGAGUUUCAAAUAUUGGAAAGAAAGACUGAAGUGAGAGUGAUCGAAUAUGGUUCUACAGUGGAGGUGGUUCAUCAAGGGACAUUCGGUUGUCGGGAUGGAUCAUCCAAUGCAUCUUUAUAGAUAUAGUUUUCAUGUUGUUGGUAGGGGAUUUGGCAACUUUGAUAAGAAUAAGGAUGAUCCAUCCGAGAUGCCUCCAUGCUGAAAAGAAAGCACGAUAUAUGAGCUUGAAUUCUACACAAUCAUCUUCUUUGGAGUUUGGGGAAUUUGAAACUUUGAUUCCAAAGAUUGUUAUGUUUUUCUUUCGGUUCUGUACACUUCUAAGAUUGUCGGCAUUUUAUGAGUGUAAGUUGAAUUUAUUAAGGUUUGGGCAAUGUUUCAAGCUUCUCCAUCCGGUGUCAAGUAUAUAAACCAAAGUAAAACAAAAUGAAUCAAGUCCAAAAAGGUUUUUUAUAUUCAAUUCAUUCGACUAGCUCUAUAUAAAAUAAAUGCUAAGUUAC